AUGCUCAACCAAUUCCCCCUGGAGAUCUUGGGCCAUGUGCUCUCCUUCUUGGAGCGUGACGACCUGCAGGCGCUACGCCUGGUGGACCGCGCCUUGUCGAGAAAAGUAGAGCCUGUCCUGUUUCGAACGAUAUGCGUUUCAAUCCUCACUAUAGACCGGCUCCAGAAAAUCGCGUCGGACCCCAAGCUCAGCAUCGUUGUGGAGGAGCUUGUGUAUCAAGAGUGCGACUUCGACCCUUCACCCAAAUGGGACGCGGAUCGGCCAUGGUUCUCAGAUGUACGGAUGUCCUACUUGUCCGAGACGAUUGCCCAAUUCAAUGUGUACGUAAGGCGGGGGAUGCAAGGCGAUAUGGAAGAGUCACCGGGAUCAGGUCUACCUGAGGAUGAAACAAGCAUGGUGAAGGCGGAGGUGGAGGCUGAACGGGUCAAGAUCGACCCAAUGCUUACUGCAGUGAAGCAGUCGUACAGCGACCUCGCCGCCUUACAAACUCCCUCUUACCUUCAUCAAGUCUUCCGCGACGCAUUCCGGAAACUUCCGAAAUUGCGUCGAGUUAUCUGCGUUGAACCCGAAGCUGGUUGCCCCUCCUUGGACUCUCUGCGACUGGAACGUGCAGGAGCUCUUCAGGAACUGAGUAACAUCUUCCCUCUGAGCGACCAUGCCGUCAGGUCUUGCCUCCAGCCGGACUCGUGGAACUGGCCAUCGCAUGGAUUCAUGGGCAUAUGGCGUGCUCUGAGUGACCAGCAUUCAAACCCUGGUAUACAACACUUUGAAAUCCGACGAGACAGUGAUCUCUUCCUCAAGCGCGGUAUAUUCCUUCUCCCAAUCUCAAUGGAACCAGCGGAGCCCGAAGCUCAUGUACUUGUGAACGGGUUUCGAAAUCUGACGGUACUCAGUCUCUGCCUCGAGGUGAAUAUCUCAUCAAGGUCGUUUGUAAUCCCCCAGGCACCUCUCCUGUCCCGAGCACUAGCCAGAGCGACUCAGUUGAGGCGGCUCGAGAUCUGCUUGACGUCUUGCGGCGUCACUUUCCCUGGCGACGGAAGGUCGGAGUACGAACUCGCCCACGAGGGCAUUCCUUUCGGCGACUACGAGGACACACGCCGAGAAAAUAUCUUGCCGUUUGUCUCCUUUCCGGAACUGCACACGGUGGUCUUGGAGGAGGUCGACGUCACCGCUAGGCAGAUCUGCUCUUGGUUGUUCAUGCAGCCGAAGCUGAGACACCUGACCCUGAGGAGACCGUAUCUGCAGGGACGGUGGCAAGACGUGCUCCAGAGAUGGUCGGACAACCCAGAAUUUCAGCUCGACUCCUUCGAACUGGUCAGCCCUUGGGAUCAUGACAAUCGAGAUCUCGAAACCAGGCUAGAUUGCUUAGGGAGAUGGAACAUGCCCUCUCGCGUCAGCAGCGAUGCUCUUCUAGCCUUUAUCAAUCAGCGGGGUGGUGGUGGAACGAAUCCUUUCAAGCACCGGAGGUGGAAGCUAUGUGAUGAAUUCGAAUUCGCCGACUAUAUUGAUGAUGUCCAGGACGACAAUGUGUCAGAGUACUCGGAUGUCUCCGAAUGGUUACCGGAGGAUCAUCCCACGCCCGUAGCGGAUCCGGAGGGGCCCGAGUUUGACGAGGACUAUGAUUUCGACGCCGAAGCCGACAGCGACAUCGAGAUGGAAGGGGUGUAG